CCUGCCUCGAAUGCAUCGUCGCAAACCGCUGCACCCAGUCCCAACGCCGAUCCAGAAAAGCACAACAACAAUCGAGAUACUGAAGGGACGGCGGAGGCAGAAAAGGCCAAGAAGCCUAGUUUGAAAGAAAGAGCAGAGAAGCUAUGGGCCAAAACACAAUUGGAUGUCACAACAAUGAAGAUUAUGGCAAAGGGUGCUCUGGCGCCGACCAUAAGUCUGGCCGCAUAUCAGGCUACCAACUUUGCUGAAACCUAUACAACUCUAGGUUAUCUCGUGGGAGUCGUCUCUAUCUUGAGUUUUGCAAUUAUGCCAAGAUCAAAAUUCCUACAAACCUGGUUCCUCAAUAUGCUAUCUUCGUGCCUGGCGGCUUGCGUAGCACUACUAGCCAUAUACUGCGCAGUUCAGGCGAGACUGCAUACCGAGACUACGGUACGGACAGGAGGACCUGGCACAAGUGGAACUCCUUCACCAGGCGCCACCACAUCCACCUACAAUUCCUCAGCGGCAGCCGUCAGUGGCAUCUGGCUGUUCUUUGAGAUUUGGAUCAUCAACACAAUGCGAGCCAGGAACCCUCAGCUUAUGAUUCCUGGUAUCAUCGCGACUAUCUUCGCAAACGUAAGCAUGGUGUAUGCACCACAAUUCGCCUCAAUGGCCACAGGUAUAUCCUUCGUUAAAAGGUUGCUGGAGUCAUUCUUUACAGGAUUCGCAAUCGGUGGUGCAGUAUCUCUGCUUAUCUUCCCGAUGACAAUGCGUGGCGUCGUUUUCAAAGAAUUCACAGGAUACAUCAUGCUUUUGCGUAAGAUGACCAAGGCGAAUCUCACAUAUCUCCAGAGUCUGGAGGAAGGCGAUAUGUUUUUCGGAAGAAGCGAUACCAACGUUCCAGAGAAGCCGAAGAGAACCUCAGAAGCCCAGGCUAUCAAGGAUACGCUCGCUGGACUUGCCGCUUUGCACGGUAAACUUUCUAUCGACUUGACAUUCGCCAAGAGAGAGGUCGCUAUUGGACGACUUGGUCCAGAUGAUCUACAGGAAAUCUUCAAGCAGUUGCGAGGAUUGAUGCUUCCCAUCAUUGGCCUAAGCAGUGUUAUCGACGUUUUCGAAAGAAUCGCCGAAGACAGAGAUUGGAACCAUCCGGCUCCGAAAAAGCCGUUCGAAGAACUUGAUGACCCCAAUGAGAGAAGCAGGAUGGAAGCUGUUCAAGAUUGGCACGCCAUCUUCAAGACGAUGCGGGAGCCAUUUGCGCGGAUCGUCGGCGACAUCGACGAAGGCUUCGAGCACGUAUUGAUUACUCUGCAAUUGAUCAAGCCACCAAAGCGUGAGGCCGACGCUGAAUCCGAAGGCGAUCGUCCUCACCCAGGUGAGAAGGACUUCCAAAGUUACCAUUACAAGCGAGUCGAUGAAUAUCAUAGUCAGAAGCGUAACCUCCUGAGACGUUGGUGUGAACUCAGAGGUUUCUCGCUACCUGACGACUUUUUCGAGAACACCCAGAAAGCCGACUUCAAAGCACCAGACUGGUAUCACAACGUUAAGAACAAUGAUGAGCGCCAGAAGUACAGAGCCAGACUUUUCAUUGUUCUAUACGUCGACUUCCUGCUGGAUUCAAUAGCUUUGACAGUCCAUGAUUUCGUCAAGUACGCAGAUGCCAAAGUCGAAAGCGGGAAGCUGGGCCGCAAGAGACUGAUUGUACCUGGUGUCAAGCGUCUGAGAAAAUGGAUCAAGUCGUCCUACAGUCGCAAGCAAGACGCAUACACUGACGAGCAGCAUGGCAUGAAUGAAGACGGCAACCGAGCUUCCAACGUGUACCUUGGUGACGCUUACAACAAGCGAAAAGAUCCGGAGCACUUGCCCCCUAGCACCGCCUGGGAGAAAUUUGGAGAUAGACUCCGUGGUAUCGCGCAUUUCCUUCGCUCGCCAGCAUCAUCGUUCGGUUUCAGGGCCGCUUGUGCCACCAUGUGCCUCGCCAUCGUCGCAUACCUACACGACACACAGACUUUCUACGUCAGACAGAGAUUGUUCUGGGCCCAAAUCAUGGUCGGUAUGAGUAUGUCUCCAUCUGCUGGACAAAGUCUGUUCAGCUUCGCACUCCGUCUCGUCGGUACUUUCGCAGCGAUGGUGACGAGUUUCAUCAUUUGGUACAUCGUCGACGGACACACAGCUGGUGUACUUGUCUUCUUCUGGUUCUUCGUUGCUUGGGGCUUCUUCAUUGUUCUGAAGUUCCCUCGCUUCAUCCCUGUUGGCAUGAUUUACUCAGUCACAAAUACCCUGAUCAUCGGAUACGAACUUCAGGUCAGAAAGAUUGGUGUCACAGUCUCCGAAUCGAAUGGCCAGGCUUACUACCCAAUCUAUGAGCUGGCUCCUUAUCGUCUUGCCACAGUUGCAGCUGGUAUUUUUGUGGCGUUUAUAUGGACCGUCUUCCCAUACCCGAUUUCCGAGCACUCGGAACUUCGCCGCAACCUCGGCUCAUCACUAUACCUCCUCGCAAACUACUACUCUGUCGUGAUCGAAACAGUCAAGUUCCGCGUUAGAGGCGACUUCCAGAACCUGCACUUCGACGAGAAAGAACAUCCAGCCAAGAAGCUCGAGAAGAUCAGACAAACUGUCUUCUCAAAGUCUGUACUGCUGCUUCAAGGACUACGCACACAUUCUGGUUUUAUCAAAUACGAUGUACCUAUCGGAGGUCGCUUCCCUCGCCAAAACUACGACAGAAUCAUCGCUCGCAUUCAAGAUAUCUUGAACUUUGCUUCCCUGCUCAGCUAUGCGUCGCAAACCUUUAGUGACAUGCGAAAUGCAGAAAAGGACGGUUCAAAAUCACAAUGGCUGAAUGACUUCCGCCGUCUUGUCAAGGAAGCUGAUAUCACGAGCAAAGAGUCCACGACGCUGCUGUCACUGCUCUCGGCAUCAGUGGCUAGUGGGCAACCGCUGCCACCCUACCUCCAACACCCUGAGCCAUAUCGUCUCAGCGCAAAGCUCGAAAGUCUAGACGCGAGUAUUUUGUCAGUGAGACACAUGGCCGAACCAGGCUUUGCAGCAUUCGCAGUCAUGCAGAUCUCGACAAAGUGCAUCGGUGACGAUAUUAAGGCGUUACUGGCGGAUAUCAAGGAGUUGGUAGGUGAACUUGAUUUCUCUUUCCACGUUGUUAGUACGCAAGAUGAUUCGCCCAGCGGUUCGCAGGAUGCGUUGAUAAGGGAUGAUGUUCAAGAUCGCAAGAUUGAUUAGACAGCACAUACGUCAAUGACAUGUAUAUCUUGUUGUUCAAAUACUCUGGCUCUCGAUGUGACCGAUUAACCUCGCCCUGCCUGAAGUCUAAUGUGAGCAUCGCGAUUAAUGCGGACCUGAUGCAGACAUUUUACCAAAGUCAGUCUAGAGAAAGAAACACCGAAGACAAAAGGAGGUCGAAAUAUGGAGAUUUUGGAAAAGAAAACAGCGGUCGCAAUCAUGCUUGACAGCCGCACCCAGCGCCGACAUGCUAUCCCCAGCGGUACCUAAACAACACAAUAACAAUCAAGCGCAUUCUAGAAGAAAUGAUGAAGCUGUUUCGUUCCUUCCAUCUCACCCAACCAACCAGCUCUUCCAGACGUAUACAGCUCAUUCAACGGCUUUGAUUCCGUCACCGCAUCUUUAUCAUCCAAACACCCCACUCUCACGACCAAUAUCCCGUCCGCCUCACUCAUAUCACCUUCUCUCCACAACGGACUUCCGCAUUCACC